AUGGAUUUCGUGGUCCAUACUAACCAUACCCAUGAAGGGUUUUACUCGCUUCAACACUUUGACACCGCCACUAGGCAUGGCGGGUCUUUUGGAGGUAGGGCAAAUACUAGAACUAGAUCAAGGUCCAGGGUUUCUGUGGGGACUGUAAAGCUGAGAAAAAGUAGAGUUCUUGCUGCUUCUCAUGUAGAAACUCUGCAUUCCAAUGGGAGAGCUUACACUUCAGAUAAACAGGCAAAUGGGCGUAUAACAAAUGGCCAUUAUAUCUCCUCAAAUCCACUGCACCCUGAUGGCAACAAUCAUCUCCGGAAAUUGGUUCGAAAUGGGGAGCUCGAGGAAGGGUUCAAGUUCCUCGAGAACAUGGUUUCUCAGGGCGGAAUCCCUGACAUAAUCGCGUGCACGAGCCUCAUUCGUGGGUUCUGCAAGACAGGUAGAACAAGAAAGGCUACUCGAGUGAUGGAUAUCGUUGAGGGCUCUGGUGCAUCUCCAGAUGUUGUGACUUACAAUGUAUUAAUCAGUGGGUAUUGCAAAGCAGGUGAGAUUGAGAAUGCGUUGAAGGUAUUAGACCGAAUGAGUAGUGAUGUUUUGCCUGAUGUUGUUACCUAUAACACCAUUCUUCGCACAUUGUGUGAUAAUGGGAAAUUGGAGCAAGCCAUGGAAGUUCUCGACUUGCAGCUGGAGAAAGGCUGUCAGCCUGAUGUCAUCACAUACACGAUUUUGAUCGAGGCGACAUGUAGGGAGAGUGGGUUUCGGCAGGCAUUGAAGUUAUUAGAUGAAAUGAGGAGUAGAGGGUGCAAACCUGAUGUGGUUACUUAUAAUGUUCUGGUCAAUGGGAUGUGCAAAGAGGGGAAGCUGGAUGAGGCUAUUAAGUUUUUGAACAACAUGCCAUCUUAUAACUGCCACCCUAAUGUGAUCACUCACAACAUUAUCUUGCGUGGCAUGUGUAGUACUGGAAGGUGGAUGGAUGCUGAGAAGCUCUUGUCCGAAAUGGUUGGUAAAGGCUGUUCACCAAGCGUUGUUACGUACAACAUCUUAAUUAAUUUCUUGUGCCGCAAGGGUUUAUUAGGUCGAGCGAUUGAUCUUUUGGAGAAGAUGUCAAGCCAUGGAUGCACACCUAAUUCUUUGAGUUACAACCCACUUCUGCAUGGUUUCUGCAAGGAGAAGAAGAUGGAGAGGGCGAUCGAGUAUCUUGAGGUGAUGGUGUCUAGAGGUUGUUAUCCAGAUAUUGUGACUUACAACACUUUGUUGACUGCACUGUGCAAAGAUGGAAAAGUUGAUGCUGCAGUUGAGAUACUCAACCAGCUGAGUAGCAAAGGCUGCUCCCCCGUUUUGAUAACUUAUAAUACGGUUAUCGAUGGGCUUUCGAAAGUGGGGAAGACAGGUCAAGCUGCAAAAUUAUUAGAUGAGAUGAGGGGGAAAGGUCUGAAACCGGAUGUGAUCACUUAUUCAUCGCUUAUUGGUGGGCUUUGUAGAGAAGGAAAGGUUGAUGAAGGGAUCAAGUUUUUCCGGGACUUGGAUGGAUCAGGAAUUAAGCCAAAUGCUGUGGCUUACAAUUCUAUAAUGAUGGGACUGUGCAAGGGUGGACAGACUGCUCGUGCAAUUGACUUCUUGGGUUACAUGGUUUCAAAGGGGUGUAAACCCACUGAAGUUUCAUACACCAUUUUGAUUGAAGGUAUAGCCAGUGAAGGGUUAGGUAAGGAGGCCUUGGAGUUGUUGAAUGAGUUGUGCAUAAGAGGUGCUAUCAGGAGAAGUUCAGCCGAGCAAGUCGCGCUGAGUGUGUAA